GCGAAAAAGCUGACACGCCAAAUUAUUUUUGACAUUUGUCUAUUUCAGGCUGUCAGAUUUUGCUUAAAAUUAAAAAAUACAUGUUGGAGAAAAUUAUUCUAAUUGGUAAAAGAGUUUUUAAUCAUCCGUACGAUUUUAGUAAAGCUUCUGUGAAAUACAAAGUAACAUUAAUUAGUGCAGACGUUCACUAAUUGCGGUUUAGAUUAGGGCACAUACAAUUUCAUUGUUGGUUUGACGCUCGCUAAAGUUCGAUUACGUAGUUAUGGUGAAGAAGAAACGUCAGUCAGAUGUUCAUGAGGACGGAUCAUCAACAGACUCGUCUGAGGAUGCAUUGCAAAGUCCUACAUCGCCUGCGGGAGAUUGCCAGCAUGUGAAGAAGUCUGUUGAUCCCACUAAAUUGCGUAAAGUGCUAAAAGCAAGUGGCCUAGCCACGGAUUGUAUGCAAUGCUCAAAGCAAGGCGCUACUUCACCUGCAGCAGAAGUUAAGGAGUCUUCCUUCGAUGAAUCAAUUUCCGGUUUCGAAUAUGACAAUACACUAUGGUUAUGUUUAAAAUGUGGAUCUCAGUUAUGUGGCCGGUCCAAAAAUGAGCACGCUUUGCAACAUUACAAAACACCUCACUCCGACUCACAUGCUUUAACAAUGAAUACACGUUCGUUUGAAAUAUGGUGUUAUGUUUGCGAUAACGAAGUAAAAUAUACCUCGCGUAAAAAAUUGUUGGAAUGUGUUGAGCUAUUAAAAAAGGUUACCCAAAAACCCAUUCUCGUCGCUUCACCUGCUCCGAAUACACCCUUUAAUAACAUAGAAGGAAAGAUAAUUGCUACUUGGGAAUCUUUGCGUCCACUUGUUGAAACUGAAUCCGGAGAGGUGUCAAACAAACCAAUACCACUUCCGCCACCUCCACCACCUAUACCAGGCAUGGCAAAACGUGUGACUGAUUAUACAGUCGCAGCAGCUUUAGUGCCUCAGGUGCCCGCUACAUCUCUGAAAUCAAGUACGGUAGACCCGCAAUUUAUCGAAACAUUGCCGCGAGUGCGUGGCUUGACCAAUCUAGGCAACACAUGCUUCUUCAAUGCAGUAAUGCAGUGUCUGGCGCAAACUCCUUAUUUAUUAGAGGUGCUCAAGGAGCUAUCGGAACCUGGCGAACAAUUUAUUUUACCCGGAGGUACUUUUAAAUUCAAAGAUGACGAAGACGUGCACUUGCCGAUGAUACAAGGUACUUUAUCAUCUUGGGGAGGUUUAACGGCGGCUCUGGCUCAAGCUUUGGAAGAACUACAGUCAGGAGGCGGGGUUUUUACACCCAGCAAAUUGUUCGAUAAGCUGUGCACAAAAUGUCCUCAAUUUCGUGGUGGUGAUCAGCACGACUCCCAUGAACUAUUACGGCAUUUGCUUGAGAGUGUUAGAUCUGAAGACUUAAAACGCUACCAACGAGUGAUUUUGACCAACCUUGGUUAUAGGGAUCAAGACAUAAACAGUGUUUCGGAAGAGAUGCGCCAAAAAUGCAAAAUAUAUGGAAAUCAGGCCGCAGAUCGCAUACUUCGCCCGGAGCAAGUAUUCCGUGGUUUUCUUGUAUCGACUCUUACUUGCCAAGAGUGCUUUAAUGUGUCUUCACGGCAUGAAUACUUCUUAGACAUGUCACUACCUGUAAGCGUAGAGAAGCCACAGCCACCGAUUAGACGCAAAACCAGCCCAGAUAACUCACCCAAUGCAUGCUCCUUUUACCUAAAUGCUCCACCUGCAGGACCUUCAAAGUCGCAAUUGAAAAAAGAUAAGGAAAAGGAGCGCAAAGCGAAGCGAGCAGCAAAGCAUCAUGAAAACAAGCUUAGACAAAAGGCUUUGUUAGAGAAUACGACUGGCACCUCUGGAAUUAAUGCGGCUACAACGACUUCAGAGAUAGGAUGCGUAAAGCGUGAAGAUGCCGUUGGAAAUUCGUCGUCAUCGUCUUCUUCUGAGCAAUCCGACGCUGAUGUGGAAGAUAAUCUCUUAGAUGACAACGCGGCCACUAAAACUUCGCGGACUUUAGUCGCAGCUGCUUAUGAUACAAAUGGAAACCAUCAAUUGACCAACUCUGGCAAACCGGAGAAACGAGACGAUUCACCAGAGAAUAUGGACAAAGAUUCUCUCGACGAAGACGAAAAUGAUUCAGGUAUUGCCAAUAGUCCAGCGAAUGCUGGCAGAAACUUUCUACCCUCAUCUGAGGCGAAUGGUGGCGGUGUUAGUGACGCCAACUCUGCGACCGCCAACAAUAGUCUAAUGACAGUUGGGCUAAGCGAAAAGGGUGCUACGAUGAUGCGCCAGCUAACAAUAACAGAAGCAGGAGCAGCUAUGAGCACCAAUGGCGGACUGGUUAAUGGCGAAUUGAAAGACGAAGUCGCGCUUGCUGCCCAAAUAGAACAACUCCAACUCCACGAACAAAAGGCUUCGCGCAUGAAGGCGAAGCGCGUACGGACCCAAAGCCAUUCCGAUUGGAGUACGACAAUAGCUCCGCGCUAUCAGUGCGAUGAUGGAGAAUGCUCAGUGCAAUCCUGCCUUAAUAACUUUACCGGCGUUGAAUUAAUGACGGGCAACAACAAAGUAGGAUGUGAAAACUGCACGAAGCGAAUUAACAGCACCGAUCCAAAAGCGAAGACCGUUAACACAAACGCUACAAAACAGUUUCUCAUAUCUAGUCCUCCAGCGGUAUUAAUCCUUCAUUUGAAGCGGUUCCAACUUGGCCCACGAUGCAUAUUCCGCAAGCUAACACGUGCCGUAAGCUUCCCAAUGGUGCUCGAUAUCGCUCCAUUCUGCGGGUCCAAAGUAAAAAAUUUGCCAAAUAUAGAUCGCAAGCAAAAAAAACUUUUAUAUGCACUUUAUGGCAUUGUGGAGCACUCUGGCGGAAUGUAUGGCGGUCAUUACACAGCUUAUGUAAAAGUGCGCCCGAAACUACCGUGUGGAGACAAACGCUGGAAUUUUUUGCCGCAAGGCAGCAAAGCUGAGCUUGAUCAAGACGAUGAGCAGCGCAAAAAGCUAGAAGAGCUUUUAGCGAAGGAGAAAGCACGCGAAUUGCGUAUGAAGGCGGCUAACGACAGUGAUGACUUCUCCAAUAGUGACUGUUCGUCUACAAGUUCCUCCGAUCCAGAUGAGGCUGAUGGUGGCGAUGCGACUGCAGCAAGCGGAGCAUACGGCGGGGAAGACGAGGCACGCGAUGUUCAAGUGCCCAUGGGCAAGUGGUAUUACGUGUCUGACUCUCGAGUACAAGAGGUAAACGAGGAGGCAGUGCUAAGGGCUCAAGCUUAUUUGUUGUUCUACGAACGUAUUUAUUAGAUGUUAAAACAAAACUUUGAAAAAUAGACAAGCAACGAUGUUGGAGAAGUCGUGCAUUACUAUAAUAUGUUGAUGACCAUAUCUACAUAUGUAUGUAUGGUUAUUUUUUGAUAUACAGAGAUAAUGGAAGCCUCGAUUUAAGCGAUAAAACUAUAAUAAUGUCUUUUCCUGAUAUACCAAUAUUGAAAUUAUACACAUAGCUAGGAUAGAAAGUAGAAUGCCAAAACAAGAAAGUACGAUGUGUCACCAAAAUGCAGAAAUAGUAGCGCAGAAAGUAUAAUCUAUGUACGUGUCGUACGGGGUAAUGCCGCUGUGCUGGUAACACCCGAGUGAUGGCAAAUGCUUUUCUUGGUAUAUGUAUAUACAAAGUAAGAUGUUAAAACAAAGGAAUUGUGCUAAAAUUUGUGUGCAAUGAUUUAAAGAGUUUUUGGGGUUUCGAAGGGCCACUGCAAAGCAAUUCAUUAGAACGGGCGUCUUGAGCUAAGGCUGGCGAGGGAAGCAAUGUCAAUUGGCGAUAGGCAAUACUUAAGAAUGUAUUGUACUUUUAUCAUGGAAAACUUUUCGCUUGAUGUUUCUAUUUGAAAUCCUUCCCCGCAAUUCCUCUAAAUUUUUAUUAUAGUUAAAUUUUAUUAGAUAUCUAUGUCACUGGAAUUAGAGAUUUGAAAUAUCAUGCGACAUUUACUAUUUUAAAAUUUAAAGGGUAUUAUGAAAUUAUAUACAUAUAUAUUUAUGCAUUUGUUUUAUAUUUUGCUAUCAUCGCCACUUCAUUGUUAAUAUCUUAACAUUUAUUUAAAUCAUACUAUGCUGAUAUUGCAUUUUAAGCCAAUUCCUUACACAAUGCGCAUACAUACUUAUAGAACGUGGUGAAGGUAUUUUAGAAAUAUUUAGUGAAAAGCCUGAAAAAUGGCCUUCCCACUCUGUGACUUAUAGUAGGGGAGCCCACUAUGCUAAAUCGGGAUUUACUCGAGCGUCAUUUUGACCUAUUGGAUUUUAAAGAUUAUAUCAUGGGAAGAAAAAAAGGUCAUGUGAUGUUUUUCCUUUCAGCGGUGGGUGGAGGAUCUACAGGCUUCCAAAAAUGUAAAAAAAAAACAGUUACAUGGAUUUACUCGAGCGUGUCAGAUAUUGAUAGUCAAUACAUCAAACGUGUUUCUGAUGACUGAACGGAAAUAUGCUAAUCUUCCGGUUUGCAUGGUGGGGUUUGGCGUACGGAAGGUUCAAAAAUGGUUGACAAAAAACUUUACUCGAGCGCGUCAGAUAUUCACAAGGGAUGUUAAAUGGGCCCGAAUGAACCUCCCAUUAAAUAAUCUGACGAUUCAGAUGUGACGCAAGCUCGUGGCGUCUUCUUAAAGAUGCAAAAAAAAAAAUCGCCAUUUGGAUUUACUCGACCGCGUCAGAUUUUCAUACAGAAGGUUCAUCUCGAUGUCCUGGUCGUCCUGUUGCAUAAUCUGACGAUUAUCUGGAGAGGUUUUCUUAAUCUGACGGUUUAAAAAAAUAAUUCCGUUUUUGAGAUGCACAGUCAACCAAACAUAUAUUAUUGUAAACACUUAUUAUUUUAUCCGUGCAACUAUUAUCAUACAGCAAGUCCGGUUCGACUUGGUCGUCAAUUUCUUCAAAAAUUUUCCCAUCUGUAACAAGAAGUAAUUUACAAUAUUUUUUUACAUAUUAAGUGAAAAGUGCGUUAUUAUAAAAUUUACAAGGUAUCAUACCUGAGUCCCCUAGAAUAGUCCAACAAGUUUUUUGACAAGAAUUUGAUCCACAAAACACAAAAACUAUUUCCACUCAUCGUGAAUCAAAAAA